GCUUGGUAGUGAUGCACCAUUAGAUUCCAACCCCUAAUGAAGCACGCAAUUAUUUAUAAUAGUUCACCUGUCUAUAAGCCAAUCAAAAGACACAUCCGUUGACUUGAUUCAUUUCAGGUGGUUGCUGGGCUGCACAAUUUAGGAACGCUGCGCUAUUAAUACAAAUCCACCGGGUGGCGCAAUUAACAUUUUAAAAUAAUCUCACAAGGAAACGGUGUGUCUUCAGUUUCUGCGUUUGGUCGUGUUGCAACGACCCAUCUUCAGUGACUUUUCGUGUAUACUUUUGCAGGGACAUGAUGAAUAAUGGCACAUCGCUGCCCGGCAGACGACCUGCUGUCUUGACCCCCUACUCCAAUCGCACAAUAAGUCACCCUACGUUCAUGCCGAUUUAUCAAGAGUCUCUACAGAGGUGGUCGUCUGCUAGUCCUCCAUUGGCAGUGAUGACCCCGCUGGAUUUCUACUACACGGACCCCAACCUGCCCCCAGGGAGCCGGAUACCCAAUAUUGUGACAAAGUUUGAGGCCAUGGAGAACUUCCAGCUCAACACUCCAGCACCCAUCAUGUCUUCUCAGCUCGCUCCCCUGGUCCAACCAGACCCCUUUCUUAGUGGCACCCACCCCAUCCGCAACCUAGGGACCCGGUCAUGGACCAUAGACCUUUGCCACCGUCCCCACCCCUACAUACAACGGCCUCAAACCGAAGGAACACUGGAGGUCAUUCAGAUGUCUCCGGCAGAAGAUGAAGCCAUCACAUCACUGCUGCUGCUCCACCAUAGCACCGGCACCCAGCAACAUAAAGUCAAGAGGUCACCAUCUCCAGGACUCGUGGCUCAAAUGCAACAGCAUCCUGUUCAGUCUCCUUCUGCUGACGUUCUCAGUCAAGGCCAAGAAGCCGUCUUAACAACGUCAGAGAUCGCUCCUGAAGCUUCCUCAUUGAGUGUGGUCACCACAACUGUUAACAAACGCCACUCCAAGGAACAUUGCAACACUCCGCAGGAAAUCUCCCCAUCUGGGCUCUCAGAAUACCAUCCUGAGCUUCAUCCUGGUUCGCCUGAACCAUCGACCGAGCUUGAAGACCGGCCUGGUUUGAGUUUGGUUGCACAAGUAGGUGGUGGUGGUGAUUCCUUUGAAUAUCCAGAUCUUCUUGCGGGUGUAGAUUGUCCUCUCAGACCUGCAGUGUAACCAGAGUGCAAUGGAUGUAACAGACAUGAAUCAUAAAGUCCUAAAUCUCAUGUGACCAACCUGAAGGAGGCAGGUCAUCUGAAAUGCCAUUAGAUAAGGGGUAGUUAUGUGGAUGUGUGGUGUCUGUCUACCUCCUCUACCAGAGGAAAAGAUAAAAGAGAUUUUUUAUGUUCUUGAUUGUGUUUAUUGUGGUUCCAAAAAGUUUUAAAUCCUGCUCUUGUUAUAUUUUUUCCCCCCCCAUAGCUUGUGUUUUAUUUUUCACAUUUUCACACUUUUUUGCUACUUAAGUGCAUGUGAUAUACUCUGAUAUAUGCUUGGAUAUGUUUUUUUGAAUGGCUUGGCUAUUUACGAAUCCUCCAACCUUUGUUUAGAUGUUUAUUAAAAUAGAAAAAGGCAUGACUUUGUUUUAUUUUUUUUACUUAAAACAGUUUUAAAUGGGAGGAAAUCCAUCCUCUCUUGCAUAUAAUACAUAUAUACAAUUAAAAAAGACAAACCUGCGGUACUUGUUUUUACUGACUACAAGUAGAUGCUG